CCAGUCUCCAAAUAUAUAAAGAAUUACUAAAAUAAUAGUGGUUACAAAUGGGGACAGUGUCCUCAAUCCUGAGGCCGAGAAUUAAUCUCACCUUAAGACCCUUCAAUCACUCCUAAGUCCUAAAUGAAUCAAUACCAUUAACAUAUAUACAUAAUCCUUUGUAAAUAAUACUCAUUUUAUUAUACUCUAAAAGCUUGGGAUUUGGGAUAUAUUUCUGAGAAUUAAUCCCCUGUUUUCCUUGUUUGUAAGUACAAGUCUGCCCAGAUUCGGCCAAGUACCGAAGCGAGCGCCACCCGCAUCCGCACAUUGGGGCCGUGGGUAAGCCAAGGUAUAAGCUAGUGAAGCUCGGAAGAAAAGACUCCUCAUCGGCUGGAAUUGGCAGUUAAUUGGAAAUGAAAUGCCUCCCAUUUUCAAGACAUAAAUUGGCGGCAUAUUUUUACCAAUUUUGGUUUUUUGGGUUGGUUGAAUUCCUUUCACACUUGCGUUUCUCAGCGUAUUUUGUUGGCUUCUUGGGCUGGCUUGGUGGGUUUUUAGUACACUUCUUAAUUGGUGAAUUGUGGAAGCUUUGUGAAUUAUCUCGUGCAUUGAGAUGCCCGAAAACGAACGCAUGUGUAUUAUUUUUUUGAACGGAGUAAAAUUAAAUAUAUUACCACAUCUGAGAAAUGUCCGAGAUAAAGUUUCCGUCUAUUUGAUCAACUUAUGAUUCUCCAUAUACAGCAAACAUAAAGGUGGAGUGUUGGCAUCAGAUGCAUUAGCAAUUGCACUUUCAGUUACUCCAUUGUACAUACAAAUGUCUAACUCCUGGGAAAAAGUUCAAAGUUUUCUGGAUAUGAUGGAUAUUCAAGAUUUACAUUCACCUCUUCCAUCAUCAGUUUCAACUUUCUCGUAUUCAUCGAGUUCUAAUAGCGACCUGCAACCUUUAUCCGUUGGUGCCACAAAAUGGCAGGUAGGUGAUAAUGCAGCUCGACAGAUACUGUCUAUUGUCCAGCCUAAUGCAGAUUCUGAGGUUAGGAGGGAAGUGAUAAUUGAAUAUCUUCAGAGACUUAUUGAAGAUACUUUUGGAAUUAAGGUCCUUCCAUUUGGAUCUGUGCCUUUAAAAACAUACCUUCCACAUGGAGACAUUGAUUUGACUGCAGUUAAUUAUUACACCUCUAGUGAAGAUUUAGCUGCAGGGAUCUGCAGUCUCCUACAAAACGAAGAGAAGUACAAUAUUACUUUUCAAGUGAAGGAUGUGAUUUGUGUUCCUGCACAGGUCAGAAUUGUUAAAUGCACUGUGGAUGAUGUAUGUGUCGAUGUAUCAUUCAAUCAAACGGCUGGGGUCUAUGCGUUGUACUUUUUUGAGCAGGUGGACCAAAUUAUUGGCAAAGAUCAUUUUUUUAAGCGCAGUGUGAUUCUGAUCAAAGCAUGGUGCUAUUACGAGAGCCGAAUUCUUGGUGGAUAUUAUGGUCUAAUAUCAACGUAUGCUUUGGAGACUAUGAUCUUACAUGUCAUCAAUCUCUUCCAUUCUAAAUUACCGUGUCCUUUAGCCGUUUUGCAUAAAUUCUUAGAAUACUACAGUACUUUUGAUUGGAAAAGUUAUUGUGUAGGAGUGAAUGGUCUUGUCUUAAUAUCAUCUCUUCCAGAAAUAGUUGUGCAACCCCCACUUCAAUGCGAUGAGCCACUGCUGAAGGAUGAAUUUAUUAAGAGUUCUAAAGAAGCAACCUUAUCUUCUUUGGGACUUUUUGGAUUUCAAAUGCCUGCAUUUCCCGUGAAGUUUAUGAACAUUUUUGAUCCUCUCAGAGACGACAACAACUUAGGCCGCAGUGUUAGCAAGGGUAACUUUUAUCGAAUAAGAAGUGCUUUCUCUUAUGCUGCUCAAAAGUUGAGUGAUAUUUUGAUGUUACCCGACGAACAUAUUAAGAAUGGACUUGAAAACUUUUUCAAGGAUACAUUGGAGAAAAAUGGAAAAGGAAAGCGGGCAGAUGUUGAUGUUCCUGUGCCAGCAUAUGGUUCCAAGUUCUAUUCUUGCAACAGUAUCAAUGAUUGUCUUCUUUCCGGAAUAAAUUAUGGUCUGUGGUUUCAUGAUCAUGGUAUAAUAUAUCCUAUUGUGCCCUGUACAUCACAAAAUCAGUUUGUGUGGAAUAAUCAAUGGCCAGAAAUCGGUUAUAAUGCGCACUAUGAUCAGAAUUUCUAUUAUGGUACAAGUUUUGACCCUAGUCCACCAUCAUAUUAUGCUGGUGUGAAUAGUAUUACACUCACCAAUGCAGCUUUUGCUGAAGAGAACUGGAAAUCGAGGGGCACAGGCACAUUCAUCCCUCAUCAUGACCAUUUUCUUCGGCGGAACAUAGUUUUGGAUGCAAGUGUAAAGGAACGUGAAAUUUGGAAGAAACGUGAAAGUAGGAAGGAAGAUAAAAAUGGGAAAGCACAUGAAAAUGGGAAGGAACGGGAAAGUAGAAAGGGGUUUGAAAUAGUGGACUCUCCAGCUUGCACACCCAGAGAAGCGCAUUUGUCUUCCGUUGGAAACAUUGGAGCCUUCAAUUACUCGAUAGAAGAGUUCCCUAUUCUUCCUGGAAGUAAGCCUGUACUUAUUAAGGUCAACCAGUUGACUUGUCUUGAGCCUGCUCAAGUCGAAGAGAUUUCGGCUUCAUUGGAUAGCCUUGACUUAGAUAGCUUCAAACACUCGUCGCCUAUAUCUCUGUCACUGUCAGAACCAAGCAAGCAAUCAGAUUUUGAUGUUUCAGUUAAUCCGGACUUGGUGGCUUACCCAACUGUGGUAGUACUGGAAAACCAAGAAUUAUCUAAGAUUGAGGAAAAGCCGGUGAUCGUGGUACAGCCACCACAGCUGGAAGACAAACAGGAGUUUCCCCCUUUAAUCCGAGCUGCUGAACCCGUGAUAACGCUUAGUAAGAAGGAAUUCCCUCCUCUUCGCACAUACUUGAAGUCACAUAAAAGUAGGAAGUGGAGAAAGGACACCAAGUGAAAUUCAGAAGUUGGGUAUGGAAAGGAACUGAUAUUUACAAAGGAUCGAGUUUAUGGAUGUGGUUGAUAUAGAAGGGCGACAUUGACGAUCGAGAAAGUUUAACAUAGAAAAUUCAAAAUAACAUGAAAAACAUCAAAGCGAGAAGCCAGUGAUCGCUGGUGAGAAGUUCACCAUUGAAGUAGAAGCUGAAGCUGAAGCUUUUUACAUAUUUGUAAUUUGUAGUUUGUAAUUUGAGAAUGAGUCUUUCAGGAACUCUUACCUGUUUUAGCAAUCCUGACUCUUAUAAUUAUUCAGAUGUUUUAGCUAGUACUAACUAGCAGCCUAGCAGGGACUAGUAUAUUUACAAAAACUUCCAAAAACACAAAAACAAUUUAUAUAAGGGUUAAAAUAGAGAGAAAAAAAAAAUAGAAAGAUUAACUUUAAGUU